AUGACUGGUAUUGGCUGGCUCAUGCCAGCCGGCAGUGAUCUGGCCCGUUGGUGCCAGACGGUCAACACGUGUAAUGGAGUGCGCGUUGACAGGUGGUUGGCGAGUAGAUGUGUUUACCAGAGCCGGGUCCAUCAUGUAGAUGUGUUUACCAGAGCCAGGUCCAUCAUGCCGGGCCAGUUUCUCAUGGGACAUGUCAGUAGUAGUAGUAAAGCCGGAUCGGCCCAAGGCGAAGAUACCGGAAUUAGGUGUCCCAAUUCUAAACCCCAGCUCUUAUACGAGGGCCGUUUUUGGGGCUCCGUCACCAGGCAGCCAGACCUGACGCCACCACAAGUCGUCAGGGGAAUUGCCACCUUCGUUGUAUGA